AUGGCAAAGUCUAAGAUAGUGACCUUGAAAUUAUCAACAGAGACACUCAAGAAAUUUCCAGUGGAGAAUACUUUAAAUCAAACCAAACAAAGAAGGAAGAGUUCAGCAUCAUCCAAAUCAUCAAAUAGUAGCGCUGGUAAUCAAUUAGCUACUCCAAGUCCAGUUAAAAAGGAACAGAGUACCAAUGAUUUAGAGAGCCCUUCAAGGCCUGUUACACCAACUGGUGAAAGUAAAAAAAAAGGUGGACGUGCAAGCGCAAGCAGUGGUGCUGGUCGUGGUAAUGCUAAAACAGCAAAAAGGUCAAUAUUAUCUUCACCAGCUCCAGAAAGUUCACCAGGUCCAAGUGAUGUUAAUGUUAAAUCUGGAUUAGGCAAAACUGUUACAACUGGUGAAGAUGUUUCAAGGGAAGAAAACAACGAAAAACAAGGAUUACAAAAUGGUGGUCUUGUAAGGAAAUGGGUUAAAAAACCUGUGGAUAUUACUUCGUUCACUGGUUAUAAUAUUGAAUUUCAUUCAUGGACAGGUGGUAAAAGGGAUAAACCUAAAGAUGAUGAUACUAAUGCUGAUUUAAAAGAAACUCUUGUGAAAAAAGAGGAUGGUACCACCCCAAAACCAAGUGGAUUAAAAGUUCAAAUCAAGUUGAAUAAUAAAAGGCUAGAUAAUGAUAGUAAUGUUGAUUCUAGAGAUCAGUCACCUGCGUUUCCUGAUGAAGCCUCAUCCAUUGCUACAAGUCCUGAAGGUUCAAAUGUUGCAACACCAAAUUAA